AUGGGAGUUGGUUCGGUGGCCUUGUUCUAUUCAGCUGCUUUCUUCUUCACGAACGCUAUCAUUUGCGCUAGAGCAGCUGUGGGGAGACCUCAAGCCAGUAUGGAUCCCAACAGAGUGAAGGUUCAAAAAGCACUCGAUAAAGCGGUGGUUACACAUUUCCUGAGGAAAGGCUAUAAAGAAUUAAAAACCGUUUCGCCAAAGAUUAUAACAGAAACGGAUAGACCCGGAAGAGGAAAACUCGUCAAAUUUGAACCAACCGAUCAAAUGACUUUGAAACAAGCCAUUAACUUUAUGCGCCUUUACCCUGUUGUAUACGAGCAAGAACCAUACCCCACAGAAUUCGAAAUGCCAAUUGGAGAACAAAUUGAAAAAUUUAAACUCACCAAUAAACCGGACGGGACGUUUUCACUAGAAGCUGUACGUGAAGGAGGGAUUGUUGAAGUAGAUACGUCUUAUCUCCAGAAGGCAGUUGAAAUUCUUUCUGAUCCCAAAUUGAAGCUUCCCUUAAAGGAAACGAUAAGAGAUGCCAUUUUGAAUGCAUUAGAUGAGCGAUUAAGCAGUCAGCCAGAUUUUAAGACAGAGUUACAAACUCGUGAUCCAAAAGGGACAGUAACCUCGAAGGAGAGGGAGAAGGCUUUUCGAGCAGGCAGAGAACUUUUGGUUGCAAUUGCCAUGAAAAGGUCCACUUUAGAAGGAAAUCUACCAGAAUGGCUGCAGAAGAUAAAGGAGGAUAUUACUUCGAAAAUGCAGGAGGUUAGAGAAAAGCAAAACAAUGAGAUUGCCAAUGAAGAAGAAACGAAACUGAAAUUUGAAUUCACCCAGAGCAUGCUCAAAACUAGUAAGGAGGCUGUUGAGGAAUGGGAAAAUUUGAAGACUCAAAAAAUUAUAAUCGAAGAAAAUGAAAUGGGAACGGGUAAAAAGGAAUAUUUAAAGGUGACAAUCCACGAAACCGAUAAGGUAUCCCUUAGAGAAAUAUUUAAACUACUACAAUUUUAUCCUGAAUUGUACAAAAGCCAAGAAGGAAAACAAACAAGAUUCGAAGUCCAAAUUGGCGGAGAAACAAGGAAAUUCCGUUUGAGUAAAGCAUUGUUUGGAAAAAACCAAGUAUUGGUUUAUACUGCCAAUGAUGAUUGGCCUGGUACUACGAAAAGAGGCACAAGAGGUAAUCUAUGGGCCCCUGAUUAUGAUACUAUGGUAGACGAAGUUCUUGCUAAAUUUCCUGACCAUGAGAAGCUAGCCAAAGCUAUGCUCAAUGCCUUCGAUAGCAAACUGAACAGUCAACCUGAUUUCUCAGCAGAUCUGGAAAUUCCGGGGAAAACCGCAGAGUCCGCUGACACUGUUCGAGCUACCGUAGAAUUUAUGAUCAUUUCCAUGGUUGCAGAAGCGGCUCAACCUACCGAUGAGUUCAAAGACACCUUCUUUACAGAGCUAGAAAAAACGAUAGAGAAACAAAAGGGAUUCCCAAAAAGUAAAGAUAUGCCCAAACUUGCAGACUUAGAAGGAAAAGCUGGGCGAAGUCCAGCAAUGGACAGUGUUGUCGAAGGCAUGCUCAAAAACGUUGGACCUGGUAGUAAAAUAGAGGAAGUGUUUAGCGAAGAAAAUUUUCCCGUAAGAAAGAAAGGUGGAACGCAGGAAGGGCGAAAACUGAUACAUGCAAAAGGAAGUGAACUAGUUCCUUCAUAUCUUAUUCGCCAACGUUCCGCUGAAGAACACGAUUUAAGUCUUCUCGACAACAUAGUCGAAGAAGAGUGCACACGGCGUCGAAGAAAACGCAAUGCUUGUUCACUAAAGAAUAGAAAUUCUGCUACUAUUGAUGAGAAGUCUAUCAAAAUUACUGAGGACCGGGUUGAAUUUGACGUAGUAGAUCGUCGUGACGCAAAACAACGACAGCACGUUCAGUUGCAAAUAAGCUCUGAAGAGUUGGCCACUCCCAAACUUAUUAAAGACAACCUAUCAAAUUCUCGACGAGCUGGUAUGAGUGAGACCUACGCCAAGAUAAAUAGAGGUUUAGCAGUUCAUGGUCUGAUAUUCUCCGUUCUUGCCGCUGGAAGAUAUUUUGAGGAAGGUGAAAACUUUAGAGGUGCCAUGACUGUCGCCCAGUCCGCUCACACACUUGGAGGUAUAAGUGGUCUCAAUGAGAUAGCCUCUAAAGUUGGUCAGCGAGUGCUCAGUAGUGCAGCUAAAGGGUUGGCGAAAGGCCUAAACUUAGAGAAAGGAUUGGAGAGGUUAUCCACUAAGGUGGAAAGGUUCGCAGAGAGAGGAGUUGCACAGUUGCUUGGUGCCGUUCCCGGGGUAGGACUUGCAUUUGAUAUCUACUUUAUUGAACAAGACAUAGAAGAGUUGGCCAACUUAGAUCUUAAUAACCCGGAGGACCUCAAACUGUUGCCUCUUCGUGUAAUAGAUUUGGCACUGGACGUGAGCACGACGGUACUGAACCUGGUAGGAACAUUUUGUCCGUUAGCAGAAGUUGUUACUGAGCCUCUUGUGAUUGUUCUGUCAAUAAUACGAAUGGGUAUUGAUGAUUUCUAUAUUGAUAUUAUGGCGGAGAUAGAGAAGAUUAAUUGGAAAAGCCCAUGGGCCGGAUUGGAGUUUCUUGGAGCUCUAGUAAAAGGUUUCCAGGAUGGAGCCGCAGAUUUCUUAACAGGUGGCUUGAGAAGGCAGAUGGAAUCCUAUAGGAAGCAGGAACAAAAUGACAAAAAGCUCAUUCAGGACUUGAAAAACCCUGAUAACUAUUACAAGAUUGUUGGGGAAAAAGAAGGGGGUGGGGAUACAAUUGAUUUCACACAAGGGAAACUUUCCAGUUUUGGCGGCUAUAUCAACUUCAGGCUUCAUGAUAAUAAUCGUGCUACUAUAGAAAUAGGGGAUGUCAGCGGCAGUCAUGAAACAAUACGCAAGACAUUUACAGUUGAUCCAAAUCUUAAAGAUAUCGUUCUUGGAAUAGGGGAGUCGCCGACUUUCGAAUACAAGCACGAAACUGCCAAGCUUUGGUUUGUUAUUCCAGUUAAGACAUACAAUGUCAUUUGUGGCGAACGUCUCCACGGGAAAUCCGUUUACGGAACUUACUAUGGAAAUUCCAAGGACAACACAUUUUACGCCGUGCAAAAACCAAAGCCAACAACAAAACCACCUUCGAAAAAGGAAGGAGAAGAAGAAUGUAACUAUGGAAGUCUAAAUUUGAAGUUUGUUACAGGGAAUUACCAUUACAAUCUGUAUGGGAGGGGUGGUAAAGACACCUUUUACCUCGGACCGGAAAUGUCCUCAGUCACCGGAGGAUCAGGAAGUGACCUGUUCAUCAUCCAGUCAGAUGGCGGAAGAACAGUCAUCGAUAAUUUUGCUGAAGAUAACAUGCGCGACAUCAUUGUCAUCAACGUCAACUUUGAUAAUAUCCGAUGUAAUCAGAGUGGGGUUGAUCUUGACGUCACUUAUUCCAAGAGUCAUCACAUUCGUAUCAAGAACUGGUUUAUUCCAGGUGAUCCGACGUAUUACCGUCACGUCUCAUUUCGAAGCCAGGACGGAGUAAUUUUCGUCCCCAAACAAACACUAAAUAGUGGCCCGAUUCACACUGUUCAGUGCGUGGCGGUAGCUUUGGAUCUAGGCGCAGCAAAAACAGCUCAAACAGUAUCACUUCAUGAUGUUAAAUACCGUCAAGUGAAACAAGUAUCAGGAUCAGAAUACUCUGAUAUUAUUGUCGGUAAUGACGUCAAUAAUAUCCUGGAUGGAAGCCUUGGAGCUGACCACUUGUCUGGAGGAAAGGAUGAGGAUACCUAUAUCAUACGGGGAAAUGAAGGCCCCGAUGUUAUUGACAAUAACGCAGAUGAUUAUUUAAACACUACUGACAUUGCAGUAUUUGAUGUGCCCUUCGAAAUGAUAGAAGUUAAAACAAAGGGUACCAACCUCUCUGUAUCAGAUAGGAACAAUGCAGAAACUUCGUGCUUUUCAAUAACAAAGUGGACCUUAGGAGAACGGUACAGACAUAUACUAUUUACCUCUAAAGAUCAUGUUGUCUUCAAAGUGUCUACCAGCGCAGAUGGAACUGUAUCCAAAGAGCCAAUGAUGUUGGAUUACAAAACGUCCGAAGUCGGAAUUUGUGUUGAUUUGUCGGAUACAACGACGAGUCCCAAGUGCAUCAAACCAACUGGUUACAUCAACGUUGCCACAGUAUCCGAUUCCCCAUAUAAUGACCACAUAGUGGGAAACGCACAGACUAAUUUUUUAAGCUGCACUGGAGGAGAAGAUUAUCUUGAGGGUGGUGAAGGUACUGACAAUUAUGUCGUCAAGAAAACAUGCCAAAAAGCAACAAUCAACAAUUUUGACAGUCGCCAAAAAGCAGAUUUAGUGUAUCUAGAGGAAACGUUCGUGAACUUAGCCGUGCAAAAGGAUAGCAAAGAUUUGAAGGUUACCUCAAAGCAUGUGACACCUACUUUGGUACUUCGUGAUUGGUUUAACUCGGCUGACUACCAACAUCUUGGAAUACGAACAAUUGAUGGAAUAACACUGAGAAUAAACAACAGUACAACGGUGAAACUUGAGCCAUAUGAAGUGUCCAAGGAUCCCACUGAAUGCCAAUGCACGCAGGAAAGCUGCGCGAAGGGGGUGAUAACAUAUAGUCUUGACGUUGAUCCUUGGCAAAGCAUGGUCCGUUUUGAAUUGAAAUCAAGUCACUGUAGUUACAAAAUCUACGGUAACCAACUUAACAAUUACAUUGAUCCCGGUUCAGGGAAUGGUUAUAAUUAUCAGCACCUGGAAGGAAGGAAUGGAUCUGAUACCUACGUAUUAAAUCACGGAUAUGGGGAGUUUAAUGAAGUCAACAACUAUGCAGAUGACGACAAAGUAGAUACGCUUCAGCUGGGAAUGGAAUUUGAAGAUAUCAAUGUUUAUUUCCAUGGCCCCAAUGACGCCAUUCUUGCAUCAAAGUCGCGACCUAGCUCCCUCAGUGUUCGAAUUCUGGAUUACUUCCGUGGUGUGAAGUAUCAGCAUCUUCAGAUAAUAUCUGCAGACAAAGUAAUCUUUAAUAUUAGCAAACAAUACCCGUACAAAAAGGUCAUCGCUGUCGACCGUAGAAUCGUCGAUUCACCGCAAAACAUCGAUCCUCAAAGGAAUGCUAUAAUCGCCGAAGCCGAAGAUUUGUUGGGAUCGCUUACCUCACCCAACAAACUGACAGGUAGUAAUACAACAAGGCAAAUUGAAGGUGGUGCUGAGGCUGACGUUCUUAGUGGGGGAGAAACAGGAACAAUUUUUGAAGCAAGACAGGGUAACGACACCAUUUAUGGUGGGGCUGGUAAUGAUAUCAUUUUUGGUGGAGAUGGCGAUGACGUCAUCUAUGGUGACACUGGGGAUGACUACAUUUAUGCUGGAGACGGAUCAGACAUUAUUGAUGGUGGUGAGGGUAUUGAUACACUUGCGUUUAAAGGUGAUGGUUUUCUUCGCAAGGGAGUCACUGUUGAUCUCUAUAUUGGCUUUGGAAAAGGAGUUGAUGCCGAAGGAGAUAUCUAUAAGAGCGUCGAAAACGUAUAUGGAACCAUUCACAAUGAUCUUUUGACUGGAUCUGAUUUCGAUAACAAGCUCUAUGGAUUAGAAGGAGACGAUACACUGACUCCUCAUGGCGGAGUUGAUGAACUUGUUGGCGGAGAAGGAAAAGAUUUGUACUUACUCUAUAAGGCUUCUGGGUUAAAAAUAAUCGAUAACUACGCUGAUGAUGAAGUUGAAGACACGCUUUCCUUGGUUCAUUUGAAUUCCACAGACGUGUGUAUUUUCUUAAUUGGAGACGAUUUACAUCUACAAAUUGAUAAAUCUAACCUGGGAUCAGUGAUUUUUGACGACGAUCCUUUAGCAGUGAUUAUCAGAAACUGGUAUGUGAAUGCAAAAUACAGACACCUUACAGUGCUAUUCAGUAACACUCUGUGGGAAGAUUUUGCUCUAUCCGCUAUCGCUGAAGAACUGGAGAUGCUCGGAAAUGGUACCCGCUUCAUCGAAGAAAAAACUGACUUGCAUGUUGUUUCUGCUAACGCCACCGACGUAAGCUUGUCAUGGAAGCCAACAGACAAAGUUUUGGAAUAUUCAGAAACUAAGCUUUUUGUCGUACAUUUCAAACAGCUGGCACCAGAAACUUUGAAGGAAACUCAGGUUGAUCACCAAACAUCAUUUAGUGUUUCAUCCCUUGACCCAGCCUCCCACUACGUCUUCGCUUUGGCAUUAACUAAGUGCGACGCGACAGUUGCAGUUUCUCAGACGCUUAUAACCUACGGACGCGAAAGGUCGUGUCCUCGGUAA